AUGAAAGCGUUUACCAACAGUACAAUGAUGGAAUUCACCCUGCUUGGACUAUCCAGUUUUCCAAGAUUUGAUAUAGCUUUGUUUAUUAUUCUAUUUGUUAUUUAUAUUCUGAUCCUGACUGGAAACCUUACCAUUAUAAUCACUGUACAUUUGGAGCCAAGUCUUCACUCUGCUAUGUAUUACUUUCUCAGUAGACUCUCUUUUGUAGACCUGUGUUAUGCAACUGUCACAUUACCAAAAAUCCUCAUAGACUUUCUUUCGAACAAAAACUCUAUAUCUUUAGGCACCUGUAUCACACAGCUGUUCUUUUUACAUUUCUUUGCAGGAACUGAAAGCAUUCUUCUUACAGUAAUGGCAUACGAUCGCUACGUGGCGAUAUGCAACCCACUCCGUUAUUCAAGUAUUAUGAACAAAACAGUUUGCUAUUGGUUGGAAGCCCUGUGUUGGGGUGCAAGUUUUCUGCACUCUAUUAUUCAGACAGUUCUAACAUGCCAGUUAACUUUCUGUGGCCCCAAUCACAUAGACCACUUUUUCUGUGAUAUUCACCCAUUGUCUGUAUUAGCCUGCUCCGAUAUCUUCAUUAUAGAAAUAGUGUUUAUAGCAAACAGUGGGAUGAUCUCUUUAAUUUGCUUUGUUGUAUUGCUGGCAUCAUAUUUGGGAAUUAUUACUACUAUACUGAAGAGACGUUCUGAAGAAGGUCUGGGUAAAGCCUUUUCCACAUGUGCAUCCCACCUUAUUGUGGUAACGCUAUUCUUUGGCCCAUGUGUUUUUAUAUAUUUAAGACCAUCUGUGUCCUAUACAGCAGAUAAAAUGGUUUCUGUAUUUUAUACAAUGUUAACACCGUUGUUAAAUCCAAUUAUUUAUACUCUGAGAAACCAGGAUGUUAAAAUAGCUAUUAAAACAUUACUAGCAAAAAAAAUAUUUCCAGCAAAGUAA